GGGGACGGGGGAGGGGGUCUCAGGGGAGAAAGGGCAGCUCUAAUUGGUUUCUCAAUGAAAGAUAAUCACCUAUUCCCGGGAGAGGCCGGGGAUUAGCACUCUGCCUCUCCUCUCCAUCGCUCUUAGGCUUCUCAUCCUGCCCUCGGUGCUUUUAGUCCAUUCAGCAGAAGUGGAUCGAAGCGAGCGGCUCCUCGCGCCACCUCAGGGGCAGCGCCGUGCCGCGCUCUAGUACUCAGCGCCCCAUUCACUCGCUCCCUCCGCGCUCGCGUCGCCGCCGCCGCCGCCGCCCGAGGAAAAGUUUCCCGGAGGGGCUCAGGGAGAAAAUGAGCGAGCUGGAGGAAGACUUUGCCAAGAUUCUCAUGCUCAAGGAGGAGAGGAUCAAAGAGCUGGAGAAGCGGUUGUCAGAGAAGGAAGAGGAAAUCCAGGAGCUGAAGAGGAAACUCCACAAAUGCCAGUCAGUGCUGCCCGUGCCCUCGACCCACAUCGGCCCCCGAACCACGCGGGCGCAGGGUAUCUCCGCCGAGCCGCAGACGUACAGGUCCUUCCACGACCUGCGACAGGCAUUCCGGAAGUUCACCAAAUCCGAAAGGUCCAAGGAUCUUAUAAAGGAAGCUAUCCUUGACAAUGACUUUAUGAAGAACUUGGAGCUGUCCCAGAUCCAGGAGAUUGUGGAUUGUAUGUACCCAGUGGAAUAUGGCAAAGACAGUUGCAUCAUCAAGGAAGGAGAUGUGGGGUCACUGGUGUAUGUCAUGGAAGAUGGGAAGGUUGAAGUUACAAAAGAGGGUGUGAAGCUGUGCACUAUGGGUCCAGGAAAAGUGUUCGGGGAGUUGGCUAUUCUUUACAACUGUACCCGGACAGCGACCGUCAAGACUCUUGUAAAUGUGAAACUCUGGGCCAUCGAUCGACAAUGUUUUCAAACGAUAAUGAUGCGGACAGGACUCAUCAAACAUACCGAGUACAUGGAAUUUUUGAAAAGUGUUCCAACAUUCCAGAGCCUUCCUGAAGAGAUCCUCAGCAAGCUCGCAGACGUACUUGAAGAGACCCACUAUGAAAAUGGAGAAUAUAUUAUCAGGCAAGGUGCAAGAGGGGACACAUUCUUUAUCAUCAGCAAAGGAAAGGUAAAUGUCACUCGUGAAGACUCACCAAGUGAGGACCCAGUCUUUCUUAGAACUUUAGGGAAAGGAGACUGGUUUGGAGAGAAAGCCUUGCAGGGGGAAGAUGUGAGAACAGCAAACGUAAUUGCUGCAGAAGCUGUAACCUGCCUUGUGAUUGACAGAGACUCUUUCAAGCAUUUGAUUGGAGGGCUGGAUGAUGUUUCUAAUAAAGCAUAUGAGGAUGCAGAAGCUAAAGCAAAAUAUGAAGCUGAAGCUGCUUUCUUCGCCAACCUGAAGCUGUCUGAUUUCAACAUCAUUGACACCCUUGGCGUUGGAGGUUUUGGACGAGUAGAACUGGUCCAGUUGAAAAGCGAAGAAUCAAAAACGUUUGCAAUGAAGAUUCUCAAGAAACGCCACAUCGUGGAUACAAGACAGCAGGAGCACAUCCGCUCGGAGAAGCAGAUCAUGCAGGGGGCUCAUUCCGAUUUCAUAGUGAGACUAUACAGAACAUUUAAGGACAGCAAAUAUUUGUAUAUGUUGAUGGAAGCUUGCCUAGGUGGAGAGCUCUGGACCAUUCUCAGGGAUAGAGGUUCGUUUGAGGAUUCUACAACCAGAUUUUACACAGCAUGUGUGGUAGAAGCUUUUGCCUAUCUGCAUUCCAAAGGAAUCAUUUAUAGGGACCUCAAGCCAGAAAAUCUCAUCCUAGAUCAUCGAGGUUAUGCCAAACUGGUGGAUUUUGGCUUUGCAAAGAAAAUAGGAUUUGGAAAGAAAACAUGGACUUUUUGUGGGACUCCGGAGUACGUAGCCCCGGAGAUCAUCCUCAACAAAGGCCAUGACAUUUCAGCCGACUACUGGUCCCUGGGAAUCCUCAUGUAUGAACUUCUGACUGGCAGCCCACCGUUCUCAGGCCCAGAUCCUAUGAAAACCUAUAACAUCAUAUUGAGGGGAAUUGACAUGAUAGAAUUUCCAAAGAAGAUUGCCAAAAAUGCUGCUAAUUUAAUUAAAAAACUAUGCAGGGACAAUCCAUCAGAAAGAUUAGGGAAUUUGAAAAAUGGAGUGAAAGACAUUCAAAAGCACAAAUGGUUUGAGGGCUUUAACUGGGAAGGCUUAAGAAAAGGCACCCUGACACCUCCUAUAAUACCAAGUGUUGCAUCACCCACAGACACAAGCAAUUUCGACAGUUUCCCCGAGGACAGUGAUGAGCCACCACCUGACGACAACUCAGGAUGGGACAUAGACUUCUAAUGCAUUUCUCUUACCUGCUUCUGCCUUGCUGAAGACAGCUUUUUCUGAGACACAGCUGCCAGCAAACCUGAGGGAAGGAGAGAAGAUUAGUGCUCGGGGUCACCAUGAUGCCUUUGAUCGAUGCUGCUCCAGUAACUACAGUGGCAUUUGAACUUAUUGCUUAGAUGACAAUAGUGCUCUUUACAUGUUUUCUGUUUGAACCUAAAAUAGCAGUUGACAUGGUGGUCCUGAAGCAAAGCCUUUCACCAGUAAAGAGAUGUUUUCUAUUGUUGCAAUGAUCUUGCUUUGCUCUGAUUAUAAUUUGAAAGACUGUAGGAAACACUUCAAUCUAGUAAGAGUCUGUACCUUGCUAGAAUUAUCAAGAGGAUGAAAGAAUAAUAUAUUGGGUACGAUAGAUUACUAUGGUACAGAAACUGGGCUCUUUCCUUUCUUCAAGUGAAGGUUGUGGAAUCUGUUACUGCAAGCCGGUGUACAUACUGUGCAAAAGAGGACCACACAUCUGUCGGUCACAGAGUUCAUGUUAAACCAGUGCUAAAAGUUUCAUGAAUUUAUCUCCCAGCAGUGCUGAUGACAAGACUGAAUGUUACCUUUUCUUUCUGACAGAUUUUAAAAAUUGAUAUGAUAAAAGCACAACUGCUCUGGAUUCUGUCGAGAGUUCUCAUAGCAGGUAUAUAUGCGUUUUCACAGAGGAUUGAAAAAAUGCAUGAUAUUUGUUUGUUUCUUUUUGAUAAAUUGGCAUGACAGAGUGAGGAAAAAAGCAAUUCACAAAACCAUUUCAUAUUCUUAAGAAUAUUGUGCUUAAAGAUGAUCCUCGAAAUAGAUGAGUAGCAGCCAAUUGGUUUUAUUUAUUACCUAACAUACCCUCAAACUGAGGCUUAAAAAUAUUCCCUUUUAUAAAAAUAAACCCUUGGGUUGGGAAUAGGGUAGGGUGGGGAGAGAUUAAGACCCAUCCAAAAAAUAAAAAUAAAAAACUAUAUAGGUGCUAUGUAUAUCUUUCAUCUGUAAAUGUCAGUGUCUGAACAGACAACACAAAUUCUAAUCAUUACAUGUGUAGCCAGAGAUUCAAGCAUUUUCACUAAAUUUAUUAAACCAAACUCCUGUCAAAUUUCACUUAUACAGCAUAUUCUAGGGUUAAGGGAGAAAGGUGAUUAAAAACUCAUUUCAACAUUAGCUUUUUGUCUUAGGCCUGAACCAAAAAUAAACAAAUAAAAGAAAAGAAGAAGAAAGAAAGUACAAGGUCAAAGCUAUUAAGAUUACCAAACCAGGAACUUCAUUUACUUGAGGUCAGGGAACAAGACAAGAAGGUGGUCAGGUGUUGAUUGCCUUUUCAUGAAUGAUCGGAUGUGAGUCCAUGCACUUGUCACAGUGGGAAGUAGACAGGAGAACAGGAACUGAUUUCCUAAAAGUAAAUUUUAGUGAAAUAGAACAGAAAUCUUACAAUCCUGAAAUUUCACACUAGCUAGAAAAGACGAGGUAAGAAAACAUCAAACAGAUUUUCUUUUUUCACAUGAGGAAAAGAAUCAGCAAAUUAAACUGAAUCCUUUGUUGGCAGACCAGUUGACUAUUAUUAGCUUUCAUAAGUAACAGAGUCAUUUGGGAGCUUUUCCUGGACAAAUAGCAUUAUACCUACACAGACAAAUGCAUAACCUUCCAAGCUGUCAUUCUGAUUUGGAACUAUGUGUGAAUUCAGUAUAUUAAAUAGAGGUUUGCUUUUUUCCAGUAGGGAUUUAAAAAAAAAAAAAAAAAAUCAAUCAAAUGUAGACAUUUCUGCAGGGAAAAAAAAAAAAACCAAUUAGAUCAUUAUACCCUAGCCAAGAGGCAUAUAUUAUGAAUUUUGUUCAAAUUUUACAUACUCAAAAUUACUUUAGAAUAUGGUAUCUUAUGAAAAUAUAAUACACUAAAAACCAUAUGGAGUAUAAAAGUACUAAGGCUAUAUUACACUUAAUUAAAGUUCAACUAAAACUUUGAUCCUAGGAUAUUACUAUUAUUCUUGUGUUACUAGAGUUUUCCCUCCUAUACAAUUGCUCAAAACUGAUCUAUUACCUAAUAUGUCUGCUUUCUUCUACAGAUUUUAGAAUAUAAAAUUAAACAUACCCACCUAAAACCCAGCUAUGAACACAAUUUCAGAAGUUUUAUAUUACUUUUAAUUGGGCUUUUAAAAAUAAAUAAUUCUAACAUUAUAGUUAAUGUUCAGUAAUUUUUGUUGAAAAGUAGUGUGGUUUAGGCAUGCUAAAGGCUUGCUAAAUAUUAAAUUUAUCUUGUCUUUAGGACAGAGAAUCUGCCUCUGCAACUUUUAAAAUAUCCCCAGAGAUUAGCACUUACUGUACAUUUUGGAACUGUGGUUCAAGUCUAAGACAACCAAUAUGUAUGAGUUCUAUGGAGAAGGAAGAAGUAGCAUUCAGCACAAUGGAACUGUAGAUUGUUUCUCCCACUUGUUACUGCAUCUUUGUUCAUUUCACCAUGGCAUGGCAUUAGGAUGUCUAAAGCAAUCACCAAAAAAUAAAGGUGAACUACAUCUUUCAAGAAUUACUAACAGAAAACAUUUACCUAAUUUUCAACAUUGAAUUUUAAGGAUUUAAAUAUUGUCUUAAUGAAGACACUAGGGCUAAAAUUCAUGGUCAACUUCAUAAAGUGCAUCUCACCUGAUUUCUGAAUCUUUCAUGCCCCCUCUAUUUUCUUACACUAAAAGCAUCUGGAUAAGUUAGCAUAGUAACAAUUUGUUUGAUUUGUUAACUGACUUUCUUGUUAAUACUUCAAGUAUGGGAAAUAAGGGCUUUCUGUGUGUCUUGACUCACGGGAAAACUGAAAACUGCCAAGGGAAGGAACAUCAUAAUAUUUGAGAUAGAUUGAAUACAAAAUGAUUUUUGGAAAAUUGUUAUAAAUUAUUUUUAUGUUGGUAUCUUUAUUAUUAAGAUAUGAAUCAGAUCCAUAUAGCAUUUAAAACAAAUUUAUGUUGGUUAUAUUCUUUGUAAGUCAUAAUUUUUACUUAAAAUGAUGGGAUAUGCAUGUGAAUCACACAUGUAUAAUAAUAUAUAAACUCAACUAUUGAAUUUUUCUUGUUUCAUUUCUAAAUGACUGAACUGAUGGUGAACUUAAAUUUAUAGAAGUCAGCUACCAUAUUGAAAACAAGGAUGUUAGAACUGAUUUCGUACAAUAGAGGUGAUCUGUGCAUUAUCCAUAACAAUGUUUUCUUUCACAACAGGACCACAGACAAAUAUUUAUGUAAAUAGAGAUUUUUGUGUGAUAUUUUGUGGUACAUAUAACUUUUUUUGGUAUUUCACAGCAUUAUGAUUUCAUUUUAUUUGUAUUGAAUAAUGUUUUUAGGUCCAAGUAGACUUGAAUUAAUGUCAUAAUUGUCAGUAUUAUUGAAAAUUAUGUCAACUGUACUGUUAUUCAUCUGUCCCAUAGUUUAGAACAUGACCUGGCUAUCUGGCAUUGUUGCAAGUGCCUUAAAUUCAUGGCAUCCUAUUAAAAAAACAAAUUUGGUGUUAUGCUGCAUGACAAAGACAAACACACCUCAAAAUGUUGUCCUUUCUUAGCUUGCUGCGUUUUACAGUUCUUUCUGCUAACAAUUUAUAAGCCUUUAUUACAUAAUAUUGAUGAAUUACAGAAAUGAUGAAGUUGUUCUCUUAUUUCUGUUAAAUGUACCAGAGCUGUGUAUCUGUUAAUGAGAUACAGCGUCAUUUCUGUGAAAUGUAUAAAUGUAUGUGCAGGUCAAAUUAAUAUAUGACAUACUAUCAGUCUGUAUACAGGUAUUCCUGUUUUGCUAAGCUGUGCAGAUUCAGUAAAAAAAAAAAAUUGUGCAGUCAAGUUCUAACAUUUCUCAUUUUAUAGACUCCAUUGCCAAUGGCCCAACCCAAAUGAACAAUUGGAAAUGACUGCUUACCACACCUCGUUAUGAAACCAAUGAUGAAAAAGUACCUUGGUGCACCACUCAACAAAACAGGAUGCUUUCCCUGAGUUCUUGCAUAUGCAAAUCAUUUAUGAGGCAAGUUUUUAACAGACCUAGAAAGCAAAACAUUGAGUGUGGUGUUAGCCCUCCUCUUUAUGUGCCCCUGCACCAACAGACAGAGCUCUGGGACCGUGACAAUGACUCAGAGGUUUGGGCUUUCUGAAUAAAGGGACAUUUCUUUAAGCAUCAUCUAUCAAAUUUAUUUCAAUGUUUGAUGUUUUUACAACUGGUCAGUUCUUUUGUAUUCUUACAGCUAUGGUUAUUUGAUUGUCCUCUUACAAUUUGUUCUACAUGAAAGAGUCCUUUGUUAGUCAGAAUGCAACAAACUGUCAUCAAAUGGUCAUUGACCACUUGCACUCUUUUGAUGUAGAUUAAAAACUUUUUUCAUAAACUUAACCUGCUUUGAUUUGCUCUGUAUUUUUCCUGCAGCUGUAAUUGCCGAGUGCCUGUUGUAUACUUUAUAGAGUUGAAAUAAAAAAAAUAAUUACUUUUGAA